AUGACGGCACUGGAGGAUAACGGCUUCCUGGGAGCUUCACGUUUCAUUCUUCUCAAAUCUUUGGCGUCUUUCUUUCUCAACACGUUUCUGGCGACCCUGCUGCCUAUUUGCAACAAAACGUUCGAUGGUUCUCUUGUAGAUGUCUGUGAGUUUUUAAAAAAAAUGUUUUACACACAUGUUCUUCUGGACAAGCAUGGGAUCCUGGCCAAGAUAUGGAUUGCAGCUCACUGGCACAAGAAACUGACCAAGAGCAAUAUAUUUGAAUGCAACCUUGAAAUGGCCAUCAAGAAUAUCGUGUCUGCAAAGAUGGUCAUGUCCUUGAGAAUAUCAGGACAUUUACUUCUUGGAGUAGUGCGAGUGUACAACCGAAAGACAAAAUAUCUGCUGACCGACUGCAGUGACUCUCUGCUCAAAAUGAAACUUGCCUUCCGUCCAGAUUCUUCAGAAAUGUUGGAUCUGUCAGAUACCAAUCAGGAAGCUCAGUAUAAAUCCAUCACUCGUCAAGAAGAGUUCUAUGAUUUUAAUAAUCAGCUGCCUGAUUUAAAUAACAUUGAAGCAGUCGAUCAUUUCACACUAAACCAAAGCCGUGUAGAGGACAUCACAAUGAAAGAAGAUUAUAACCGGCAAUGUAUUCAAGAAAGCAUUGGAAACCUAGAUCCACUAAGAGAGGAGUUUAAUAAUGAAAGCAGUUUUGAAGUAAGCACCAACAGUGUUCUUCCUGAGAGCAGCUUUGUGGGUCUCAAUGAGGAUGCCGAAAACCUUUUUAACCAUGACUUAUUUGGAGAUGAAGACACUGCUGCAAAUGUUUUCGCUUACAGUACGUUGUUUGCAGAAUACAAUCCCCUGGACAUGGAUGCGAGCAAAGAGGUAACUCUGCUAGCCAGCCCACUUGCCCAAGAGCAAUAUUUAGAGGGUGAGCUUCUUGCAGAAAUUGAAAAGAGAAAGCGAACAAGAAAAAAAAGGAAUCUUACGGUGGAUGAUUCAAAGCAGAUUUCCAGCACCUUCUUCCGUCAACAGCUGGAAGACACUUUAGAUACCCUGACCACCAUGGAUAUUGCUCCCCCCACACACUGCAUGAUGGAGUGGAAGAAGACCGGAGGGGUUCAAUGGCUGCUAUCUGAGCCAGCUCAGCCUGUAAUCAACACUGACCUUCAAAUGCUGUUUACACAAAACCAGAGAUCAGAGACUGGAAAAAGCAAUCGAUCAGCCACUACUAAAAAAAAAGCACAAGAAAUGCCUUCAGAACCUGAAGUUGAAACACAACAACAAGAUCAAGAAGAACAGGAUCUACCGCAGCUUGAGGCUACUGCAGUGACAGAUAUAAGCUCCACCUUCAGUGAAGAGCCCUCAGGAAUGCAUGAAUUGCCAGGCUUUGACCAGCAAGUCGCCCAUGAGAGCAGCCUGGUACAAGAAGAGCCAACUGAGAGCAUUCAAGAAAGUGAUGAGCACCAAUGGGCCAAAAGAACUCAGAAGAUGCUAAACUGUUUAAAAGAAAUAAACCAGUCUGGAGUCAACUCAUUUAACUUCAAUACUAUAUGCGAGAACGAUAAAAAGAAGGAGGCAGCUACUAAGUUCUACAGCCUCUUGGUGCUAAAGAAUAAGAAUGCCAUCAGGAUGGUACAGAACUCUCCGUAUGGUAACAUCAUUGUCAUGCCAGGCCCCCAGUUCCACACCCUAUGA